CUCAUCCCGCGGUAUUGAUUGCUGCGUUGAUUGGUUUAGGGAAAAACUCUAGCCAAUCAGAAGAGCCGCUCAGUUACUCAGAAAGAUGGCCGCUCUGCCGUCUCCAACCCAGGUGGCUGGAGGCCACGCUGCAAUAUAUGAGGCGUACUAUCAGCAGGUGGAUCCCUCAGGUUCUGGCUCUGUGCCGGCUCAAGUUGCUGCAAAGUUUCUGAAAAAGUCUGGCCUCUCUGACAUCAUCCUAAGCAGAAUAUGGGAUUUAUCAGACACAGCAGGAAGAGGCUUCCUGAACAAGCAGGGGUUUUUUGUCGCUCUAAAACUAGUGUCCCUCGCGCAAGCCGGCAAGGCCCUCACAAAUGCUAACAUGCUGAGUGAAACGCCGCCUCCUAAAGUUGGCGAACUUCCUAAUGUUCUGCCAACUGGUGGACCUCCGAAGCCUGCUCCUGGUAUGGGAGGCACUAAUUGGACGGUCCAGCCUGCUGAGAAAAUAAAAUACGACAAACUCUUUGAUUCCUUGGAACCUAUCAAUGGCCUUAUUCCAGGCGCCAAGGUCAAAAAUGUUAUGAUGAACUCAAAACUGCCAUUGCCGAUCCUUGGCAAAAUUUGGGACCUUGCGGAUGCUGACAAAGAUGGAAUGUUGGAUAGACAUGAAUUCACAGUGGCAAUGCAUUUGGUAUACAAAGGACUAGAGAAUCACGCUAUUCCAGCCACACUUCCACCCGAUCUGCAAAAACCAUCAAGGCCACCAAUUCCAGUUGCACCAGGCGCUGCUCCAAAUAGGCCUGCUGUUCCACCUAUGCCAAAUGCGCCACCUAAUUUGGUCCCUGCGCCUAUUCAAGCUGCUCCGAAACCCACUCCAACUUUCACAUCACCACACACAGUUCACUGGGUUGUUGGUCCAGGUGACAGAGCCAAAUACGAACCACGAUUCAAACUUGCUGACAAAGACCAGGAUGGAUUCGUUUCUGGUGCUGAGAUCAAAGAUAUCUUCCUCCAGUCUGGUGUCCCCCCACAGCUUCUUGCUCACAUUUGGGGUCUUUGUGACACCAACCAGCUUGGAAAACUAAACCUCGAGCAGUUUAUGCUCGCUAUGUGGCUGAUCGAACAGAAACUCAAAGGUGUGAACCCACCUCCCGCUCUAGCUCCAGACAUGGUGCCACCAAGCAUGCGACCAAAGCCACCACCUCAGCCAAACGUAAUAGAGGUUGUAAGUGCUAACGCAGGAACACCCUAUCAGAGCACACCAGAGCUUGACAUGAUUAGCAAGGAAAUUGCUGAAUUGGCCAUGGAGAAACGCAACUUGGAAACUGACAUUGCCCAGAAGGAAGCAGACAUAAAAAUCAAGUCUGGCGAAAUAAAAAGCCUACAGGGUGAGUUGGAUACCCUAGCAGCAACAUUGAAGCAGCUGGAGAACCAGAAAGGAGAGGCUCAGAAAAGGCUCAAUGAUCUCAAAGGACAGAAAUCCACGCUAGAAAAAGAAGUGUCAGAUAUCAAAUUACUGUUGGAAGAAGAACAGUCCAAGGUGGCAAUGUUGAGAUGCCAGGCAGACGAGCAGGAGAGGACGCUCAAGGACCAAGAAGAUGAACUAAACCAAAGAAAACAGGAGCUGGAGAACCUCAAGACAGAAGAAACCAGACUUGAGACCUCCCUUAAAUCCUCAAAGACCCAAUUUGAAGGGCUAAACAACAAUCUUCAGGAGACGCAGCUUCUCAUUAGUCAGGCUAAAGCCAAAAUUACUCAGCUAGAGGAGCAACAACGCCAGAUGGACGAUGCCAUAACCAUGUAUGACACAGCACUGACAAAUAACGAUGCCUUUGCAGUCCCCGACACUUCCCUAGAGCCCAUAUCCACAGAGUUUAGAGAGCCAGAGUUUGUACAGUUUGCCAUGGUAAAUGGGGUGACCUCUCCCUCGGAGACAAAGGUCUCUGACGAUCCUUUUGCUUCAACAAAUGGUGAAGGAGGGUUUCAGUCAAAGGACAACGCAUUUGGAAAUGACGAGUUCACAAGUGACCCCUUUGCAGCGAAUUUCGACUCCCAACAAAACACAGGGUUUGACUCGGAUCCUUUUGCCAGCUUGGGUGGUAAUACAGGUGGGCAAAACGAUCCUUUUGAUCCAUUUGGAGAAAAAGCUGCUGCGUCCAAGACCCCAGAGCCUGGAGCUGACGCGUUUGGCUGCGACCCAUUUGCAAAUUCAACCUCACCUGCCCUGACGCCCUCUCCUGUGCCCCCAGUAACACCACAGCCAGGCCGCGAGGACAGCAGCCCUACCCCUGCCCUUCCACCAAAGAAAAGCAAACAACCUCCUCCACGCCCUGCUCCUCCUAAGGCGAUGCUGAGAGCGGCGCCAGCACCUGCAGCGCCAACCAGCCCCAGUCCGGAGCCCAAUGCGGAUCCAUUUGGGCAGGAUGCUUUUUCGAAUAACGACGCCUUCUCAUCUUCAGCUGGUGGAUUUGCUAAUUUUGCUGAUUUUGAUAAGUUCUCCACCAAGAGCAACAACAACAACGGCAUUUCGAGGCAUUCCCACAGCAACAACAACAACUACACAAGCAGCAGCAACAGCAGUUCAACGGCGCCUAGUCCGGCCCCGCCGACCCCAGCUCGGCCCAAGGGCCGAUAUGCGGGUCUCGAGUUCACGGAGGACCCUUUCCGGGACUACCGCUACGAGGACCCCUUCGAAAUCGAAGAUCCGUUUGCCAGCCUGCCUCCGGCGCCAACCUCAACAGCCGCCCCCAGCGCCGCCUCCAACAACAACGUGCCCGAUGCGUGGGGCCUCUCAGCCGACGAGGAGCGGAAGCGCAAGUUGCGUGAACAGGAAAAGGCAGAUUAUGAAUACGCGUUGGCCCUGAGCCAGGCUGAGGGCGCCGGCAGAUAAACAGACUUGAGUUUUCUAGUUAGUUGCAAAAAUGGUAUCAUAAAAUGUGUCAUCUUCUUACACACUCUCACACAGUUCCAUGUUGUAUAUAAUGUAAAUGUCGAGUGAUUGCGAGUGAGACUUUGAGAGAGAAAGUUGAUAUGUAUUAUAUAAACUUUGAUGAUUAAGGAGAGGCCUCGAAACUUGAGUUUGGAAAUUUUAAUUUAAUUUUCUUGAAAAAUCAGCUGGCCAUCGAUGACAAAUUAAUUCGUCUAAUUCAAUCAAUAUUUGAGGUUUUUUAAGGUUUGACGUCAUUCAGUCCAAUUUGUCAAUGGUAACCGUUUAAAUUUAUGGAGAUAAAUAAAAAAGUUUUAAUUAACAUCAGAUGCUCAUAGAACAAGAAAUAAAAUUUCCAACUAAAGAAUUGAAGGUCCUAAUUACGAGAAAUCACUCUGCCAUGUUCUUUUUGUUACUUCGUAGUCAUUGUGAUAAUAUUCAUUGAUUACUCUGGUUCGUUAUAAACAUUGUGUGCAUUCUCACUCACUCAGGCUGAUGCUCGUCGACGCGUCUCGGGCUUGAAAGUUAGUUAAGAGUUUUAUCACCUUUUUACCACAACUUUACUGUGCUAUUUUUAUUCGAUCUGUUUUUGAUUCAAAUGCUCCAGUGUAUAAAAUAAACUACGUUUUUGUUCCCGUUUUUGUCAGUCUCAGCCUGGUUCUAAUCUUAAAUCUUGUUUGCCUCCCCGCUAGAAAUUAAAAAUAUCAAUUGUUCCUAAAAUUUAUUGAUUAGCAAAAAUUGUCUGCCGCGUGCUUUUGAUUUUUUUUUUCAAAUACU